UUCGUAUUAGAUCGUCUUCAUCGCUUAAAUACCCAUUCACAUAAAGAAGAGAAGAAAACCCUAGUCCAUCCCAUCAUCACACAUUUUCCGGAGGGAGGUAGCGCCGUUUCAGCCGUCAGAACAACAACUAUGGGUAAGGUUCACGGUUCAUUGGCCCGUGCCGGUAAGGUGAGAGGACAGACUCCUAAAGUGGCUAAGCAGGACAAGAAGAAGAAGCCACGUGGCCGUGCCCACAAACGUCUUCAACACAACCGCCGUUUCGUCACCGCCGUUGUUGGAUUUGGCAAGAAGAGAGGACCAAACUCCUCUGAGAAAUAGAUGAUGACCGCUUUGGAGUUUUGAAGUUUUGCGUGUUUUGUUUUAACAUUUUUCUUGUUUGAUGAUGUGUAAGACCAUGCUGUUUUCUCAAUGAAAUCGAUUUUUGCUAA